UGCAACACUAAAUAAAGAUUCUCCCGAGCCUUAGCACGGCGGUUCUGUGACAAAUAAGAAGACUAGAGGCAACUUUGGCUGCCAAAGCUGCGAGAUUGGUGAGGUUGAGCCGCUUGUUUGGUUCCCGGGAGGGACCAGCAAAGUUAAAUACUCCUGGAAAAGCCGAGUUGGGCCCAGCAGGUGUGGAGCUGCGCAAAUGAGAAGCAGGUGCCACCAUGUUCCUGAAUAAGUGCGAGGGGGACCUGGGGGAGCUGCGGAAGCCGGGGGACGGCGAGGGCACCCCGCCGGCCGCCGCCGAGGAGGAGCAGCCCAAGAAGAAGCACCGGCGGAACCGCACCACCUUCACCACGUACCAGCUGCACGAGCUGGAGCGUGCCUUCGAGAAGUCCCACUACCCUGACGUGUACAGCCGCGAGGAGCUGGCCAUGAAGGUCAACCUGCCGGAGGUCCGCGUGCAGGUCUGGUUCCAGAACCGACGAGCCAAGUGGAGAAGGCAGGAGAAGAUGGAGGCCAGUUCCAUGAAGCUCCACGACACCCCUGUGCUCUCCUUCAACCGGCCCCCCAUGACCCCCAACGUGGGGCCCAUGAGCAACUCCCUCCCACUGGACCCAUGGCUGACGUCCCCCAUCUCCAGUGCCACCACGGUCCACAGCAUCCCCGGCUUCAUGGGAGCCCCCCAGGCCCUGCAGCCCCCCUAUGCUGGGCACUCCUUCCUCAACACGCCCCCGCCGAUGGCGCAGGGCAUGCAGCCCAUGGCCCCCGCGCCCUACCAGUGCGGCACCCCCUUUGUGGACAAGUACCCGCUGGAGGAGGUGGACCAGAGGAGCUCCAGCAUCGCCUCGCUCCGCAUGAAAGCCAAGGAGCACAUUCAGACCAUUGACAAGACCUGGCAGCCCAUUUGAUGAACGCUCCCCUCCGAGCUCCCCAGCCGCCGCUCCUGCCCCGGCUCGGCCCCACGGCGAGGGGGGACAGCGGGUGCUCAGCAGGACCACAGC